AUGUGCAUUGUGGUGACACGUGGAGAGGUGACACGUGGAGAGGUAGUAGAAGCAGCAUUAGCGUACUUCAACUCGCAUGCUGAUAUGGAUAGCAGUGGCUUGCAAGCGACAGUGCAAGAGCUCGGAGGGGGUAUGCGGAAGUCUCAGGCUGGGGUAGUUUAUGGAGACGAACGUUUCAAGAGGCUCAUGGCGACUGUGGGGGCUCGGAUUGGAGAGCUCGAUAGCGGAUCAUUAGUGGAGAUGGCUAGCGCACUGAGUGCAUUACCGGGGCCUUCAACACCGGAGGUUUCGGAGGUGUGUAGGAAAAUAACAGAAAUUAUGGUAAAGAGAAGGGAUGAAUUUAAGCCUGCGGGUUUGGCGAGGAUAGCAUUGGCGUUGGCGUGUCGAGGCUCGAGGGAUCCUACGCUUAUCGAGAUGGUGAAGGAGGAUACGCUCUCACAAAUUGAAGAGUUCUCACCAUCAGAGUUAUGCUGUAUAUUGGAGGCACAUAGGCGUUGGGGUGUUCACGAUCGAGAACUAACUGAGAAUGUUGUCGAACGCUUGACCGACGAAGUUGACCGAUUCACUGCUGAAGAUUUAGUGAAGACUCUGGAAGUGUUUGCCAGUCUUGGUUUGGCUAGGAGAUCUGAGAGAGUCUCUGAGAACGCCCAGACGGGUCAGUGA